AUGAGUAAAGUACCAAUUCGAGAUCCAACCAUAAAAAUCGUACCAUCUAAGGAGCUGCGAAAGUUCAUUGGCUGCACACUGGAAAUAUCCCCAUCAACGCCCUCUUCGAUACGGGACAUUCAUACCGCAUUCAAUACAAGCAAGAAAGGCAAACCUGCCAUCAAAUUGGGCACCAAAAGUCGCGACAAAUUUACGGAAGGAACCGGGAAGUUUACCGAAAGAGAGCUCAGUCUUAUAAGAAAAUUGGUAACCGACGAUAAGAAUGUCCAUGGGCUCGAAUACACCAGCUUUCCGGUACAAGAAGACCAAAUAGCGGACUCGCAACCCAAUGGGACACUAUUAACCCGCAGUGAUAUAAAUUGGCUUUAUGCAAUGCUGAACCAAAUGCGUGAGACUGACCAAACUGUCCCGUUUCUACAUGAGCUAUUAAGCGGAAGCACGAUUCGGUUACCAGAGAAUCCCACACAGGAACGGAAUCCGGAACUUGAGGCGCGUUGCCAGCGGUUGAGAAAGGAGCAAGCGGACCGAGAGUACCAGCGGAUGACGAAAAAUGUCGACAGUGUCCGUAAGCACAUGCCAGAGGACACGAUAAGCUAUCAAAUGAAGCAGAUCAAUCGGCAUAUGGUUGCGGUGGCCCAAUUCUUGUUUUCCGUUGCUGCUGGUUUCGCUUUCGGAUUUAUAGGUGUCGAGUUGAUAGUCGGGCAGCUGGAUUUCGGCUUUCGUUUGCUGUUAGGCAUUAUUAUUGCGCUGAUUAUCGCACUGGCGGAGAUCUAUUUCUUGGCGAAAAAACUAAAUGAAGAAUACGAAUUACCGCCGCCACCAGCGCUUGUCUCUAAGGAAAGGCCACCCAAUGAACUGAAGACAGGACCCAUAAUUCGUUCGUCUGUUACCAGCGGCAAGGAGCACCACGAAUAAGUUAUCUCUUGUUAUGUGUAGUAUUUGCUGAAUUUUAAAUUCUUUAUUUUCCUUUAGAAGAAUUCUUAGCAUUUUAUUUUUAAAUGCAUGUUUGAAAACAACAAAAAAACUGAGCAUUUUAUUUUGUUCCCACCUUUCUAAUCGGAUGGAUCGGGUGUACCAUUCCGGUAAGGUCCGGCGGGUUCUUCUCAAACUCGGCAAUCUCUGCCAUGCCCU